CUCGCGAGAAACGAAUUCGGGCUACGCCCGAAAGCAUCACUGCGUCGUAGCAAUCAUGCCAUUCGGGCAUCACAUGGGGGUGUCGGCCAAAUGUUCCAUGGGCACGUUCGAGCCCAGAUUGUUGCGACGUCUUGAGCAGAAUGGCAGUGUUUUAAACUGCGGGGACCACGAACAACGUGCACCAUUGUAGCGAUCCGUUGUCGGCAAGGGCUCUGCGCAGAAAAAACUCUGCAAUACAGAACGCAAUGCGAACUGGCCAACCCAACGCCGAUGGGAACAAAUUCUGCUCCUUCAAAGGAAGGCCAUGCAUCAAUAAAGCUCGGGCUAAUCAGCAUCAGCAAGAACGGUCACGCAACGCUGCAACACGGAACCUGCAAUAGGUGUAUGAACGGACAGAUACCUUGGCCAUGCUGAGCAAUACAACGCAGGACACGGUCGCCACAGGCGGCUCCAAGCAGAGCGAGAUGCAGGGCACCAAGACGGCGCGGCAAGAGGAGAUAGAAUGGAGGAGGAACACGUGGGUAAACUCCAAAAUGCAUCAAGGAUGCUGCAACGCAUAUCUAGACGAUCACCCUUCCGGUGAUGAGGAGGAAUUAAACAAAGGUAUGACCACACACUUCAAUCUAGUGUGCAGCGAGACCCCUAUGCUCCCCAUGCUGGAAAUGCGCAUUUGAAAAGGAGUGCCCGUCUCUGUGUAACUGUUGCAAACUUCGCGCCGUCAGGGGCGAAAUCAGUGAGGAAUUCCCACGUGCAACGCCUGGGGGUGCGGCAUGACAAAGUUAUCUACAACACAAUGAAGGGGGGACGAUAGGGGGUAACCAGCCAAACUACGCUGCAAAGUCUGAAGUGCAUAAAGCAACUAGCACUUGACAUAUUCAGAUCUACUUCACACUCACACGCAGAGCUUCACCGUAGAGAGUGCAAGCCGACACGAGUAUACGAGUAAGGUGUCCACACACCGCUGGAAACCAACAGCUGGGCGAAAGGAUAGACAGGAUCCACCCGAGCCUUACUGCCGAGCCACAAUCCGCCCCCAUGAAGCGUUACGCAGCUUAACAACAGCCGCCCGCGCCAGGCCACUUGGCGAAUCUGAAAUCCGCCGCCCGCACACUGACCAGUAUUAAUGGUGCACCUCCACAAGUGCAACAUCGAGCGAAUGUUAAAUAUUACAUUGACAUACGAAUUUGCGAAUUCACCAUACAGAACGACACCACCAUUGAAGUGUGCCUUAAGUCAAUCAGUCAUUCAGCAGAGCAUCCCAAACGCAUAAAGUCAGCAUCGGGAUCACCUGCAAGCUGCUGAACAUUAGAAAACUGCUGUCGUAGCAGCUGUGGCUACUGGGCGCUGAUUCUAGGCUGUUGCGCAAUGCAGGCCAAACAGAUGUUGGCAAACUGUUUGCUACUCAAGCUGCAAGAGAAAACAUAUUAAGCGCACGUCAGAUCAGGCAUCCGAUAAUUCAGGCCACAGCUUCGCCGCGCUUGGCAGCACCCCGUCCACUGCGCUGCGCGCUGCCCGUUGACAAGUGCAUCGACGCCUCAUAGAUGCACCAGCACCUGUCCCCCUUGCGGCCUCUGCGCGUCUUGCAUUGCGUGCCUCGGCUGCUCAUGUGCUGAACCUCGACGUUGCUGUUCCGCGGGAGCGCUGAAGUCUCACAUAGAUCCAUGUACUUCCUGGGUGGGAUUUACCUACUCCUAUUCUCAGGGGACUGUUUUUUUUUUGUCAGGGUCAGCCACGCAGAGAAAGGUAUUCUCCACCCAGAACUUGACCUCCUGACCCUACAACCUCGUCGUGCUUGUCGAGUACGCCCGCACCAUCAAUGCCACAAGUCUGGCUGCCAUCUGCCGUCGAACGACAUCGCGGGCAUGCUCGGGCUACGACAUUUGAGUGCGGUUGCUGAGCAGUGUGGUGUGAGCGCGGGUGGCAAGCACAAGCUGUUGGCGCAAGCGCGCUGCGCGCCCCAACAUCUUAGAUCACAUUCGGCCUUGGACAAAAUGAAAUGGCUGCGGACAAGCAUGAUGCACCCUCAUCGCGAUGUAGGGGGCCCGGCACUGGCUGCGGCUAGCAAAGAAAAGGGGGAGAAACGGGCCCCCAAGGCGGGAGGCGGCUCGAAAAACUUG